AUGCUUCUCUCUACCCGCAUUGUCACUGCGCUGAUGGCAGCCAUGCCGUUGGCUGCCGCCAUGCCACAGCAGCCUGGCGGCGAGUUCUGCGCGACCGACCCCGGCGAGGAAGCUCUCAAAGUCCAUCGGCAGAUGCUCGCGGGCGAUGCUUCCGUCGUAGAGAAGAUUGAAGCCGGUAAAGCCAACCUCAUGGAAGCUGUGGGCCUUCCUGGGGCUUCUGCCAAAGGCAGACCUUCAAGCAGUGCCGCUAAUGGAGCGGCCAUGAACUUCAACACCUACGUGCACAUUAUCCAGAGCGCUUCCGGUACUUCUCCUUCCAAUGGUUACAUCUCGAAGCAGCAGAUUGAUGCGCAGAUGAGGGUCCUCAACCAAGAGUACGCCUUGGCCAACGUGAGCUUCAACCACGUCAACACCUCGUACACGGUCAACAGCAAGUGGGCCAACGCCGUGUACCCCGGCGACGACGUGCAGACUGAGAUGAAGUCGCGGCUGCGCGUCGGCGGCCGCCUCGACCUGAACCUCUUCUACAUCCCGACCUGGCGCGGCAGCGGUGUCUGCCGCUUCCCCUUCUGGAUCGGCGAGAACGACGAGAACCUCCACAUUGACGGCUGCAUGCAGUCGAGCGACUCGUUCCCCGACGGCAGCCAGAACCACCGGGGCUUCCUGACGGUGCACGAGGUCGGCCACUGGAUGGGCUUGCUGCACACCUUCCAGGGCGGCUGCAGCGACGUCGAGGGCGACUUUGUCGCCGACACACCGGCCGAGAAGGGCCCCAACUGGUCGAGCGCCGGGUGCCCGGCCGAUCUCGACACCUGCCCGGACCUGCCUGGUCUUGACCCCAUCGAGAACCACAUGGACUAUUCGCAUGAAUCUUGCAAGACUGGCUUCACUGCAGGUCAGGCCAAGAGAAUACGCGACAUGGUUCUGAUGUACCGCUAUGCCAACAAUUAG